UCCUCCCCCACCCUUACCUUGCUACUUCGGUUUUUACUGGCCGUCUGUGGCCCGGAGCGAGAAUAAAGAAGCUAUCUUUACGCCGGAUUGGUCGGCAACUGUUUGGCCGGCGGGAAAAUCAGUCGCCGGUUGUGUGAAGUGGACGAUCUUUUCAAAAAAAAAAAAAACACUCCGGGAAAAGCAUUUUGCGGCGGGCGUUACUGUUUGGUUGAUCGGUUUAAAGCGGAGGGGUUGGCCGGAAAAAUAUUUCCUACGUCUGAUUUUGCCGGAAGAAACGACUUUUAUCCGUUGUAAAGCUUUAUUAUUGUGAUUUUCAUUUUUAUAUAAUUGGCGAAGUAGGGAAACAGAAGUUUGUUGGAAGGUACAUUGAUUUUGUUGGGUGAGGCAUCAUCCAUCCUCAUGAUAUGGGAAAAGACCUCAGCGACAGUGACAGGGAGUGUUUAGAAUUUUUGUGGUUUGAAUACUUUUUCUAAUUGUGAAAUAAUGUGGAUGUGACUAAGAAACAAAAAAUUGCUUUCCUGUGAUGUCUGCGCAAUUUGCCUCCAAUCAAUGGCUGCCCGAGAACGAAGAGGUCGCAAGAUUAUCAUCAUACUUUUCACGAAGUGAGGAGCAAGCGGGACAGAAGGAAAGAGGUAAGAGUUGAGGGGUUGAUUUGGGUUGCUUAUGCAGGUCUGGUUUUGCAGGGGAUUCUCUGUUCUUUCUGAAUUAUGGUCCCAUAUGUAUUGGUUCUGGUAGAUGAGGGAAACACAAGACACAAGGUCUCGAAUCGGUAGCGGUGUCUCGAACGGGGGUUGGAGUAUUGAUCGGGAUGAUGGAAGAACAACAGUACAACUCAACUCAAAUGCACCUGGUACAGCACCUUACAAGAGGGAGAAUGAUUCAGUCACUUCCUCGGUAUCAUAUCCAUCUUCAACUACUCAGUCUGGCGGAAAACCUGUUAGCCAGCAGCUAUCGAAAGAUAGUGAUUCUUUUAAUGCUGAAAAUAGAGGACAGUUGACAGGAACAGGCAGUAUCGUUUUUUCGUCUUCACAGCCACCUACUAAAUCUGAGCCAUGUGGUGCAGUAACCGGUAUUGGCAGGUCUUCAAUUGCUGACAUUGUUUGGAGAGGUUCACUGCACAAUGGCUCAUCGGUGUUAGCUGAAACAUCUCUCCACCGUGAAGAUGAGGAGCAGGAAUCAGAUGCACAUGGCAAUAGUGAAAAUUUCAGUUCUGUUGGGUUUUCUUUUGCGUCCACAGGACUGCUGAGAGCUCAUCGAAAAGAUGCCUCAGAUGAACAGGUAUCUUCCAACGGUGAUAUUACAUGCAAGACAGGUUCCCAUGGAGCAUCUGCUGCUUCAGAUUUUCACCAAGUAAAUUAUUUGGGGGAACCGCUGCCUGAGCAAACCAAAGAGGAGAUUGGAACGGUUGUAUUGCCCAGUCAUGUGCAAGCUCUGUCUGCUGACUGUUCACACUUGAGCUUCGGUACCUACAAUUCUAAAUCCUCUUCCAAAAGUGGGGGUGUUCGUUUACCUACUUCCUCACAACUUAACGCAGAAAGACUCUCUAUGACUGGUGAUGGUUUAUCAGCUCAGCCGUUACACAAUCAAUUGAGAAGACAGCAGAUGGUAGGAGCAGCCAUUGGAGAGGCAACCAUACCAGUUAUAUCUGAUUCAGCUUCCCGAGGCUUCCAAAACUCAAUCCACGAACUAAUGCGGGAGCCAGGCUAUGCUUCUUCAUACAGGAAGGAAGAGAUUCCUCAGCAUUAUGGUGAUGCGGCAAUAGGUAUGCAGGGCAACUUGCUGGCAUCCUCCGAGCAAUCCUUCAGAACUGACUCAGUCCCCUCGACUUUUCUUGAAGCCUCACCUUUGCCAUUGAGAUACCGUUCUUCUGCCUCUUCCUUUAAGAGUUCAGCUAUUUCCCUGCCAGAGACUUUGAUGGCAGAUACUUUCCAUCCUUUUGAGCCAUCAUCACGGACCUCUGUUGCAAGCCAUGGGAUUCCACAUCAACUCUUGGAUCAGGCCUACUCUCAGCAAACUAAUCCGUUGAAACAAUACGCUUACCUCAACAACUACAAGAAUAUUCCCGAGAGUUACGGGCAAAUCCCUCUCCAUCAAUCGCUUGGAAGCACCAAGCUUGGUUUGCCUCAGUUCAAGAGGGACGACCCCGCAAGAAACUUCGCGAUGAACGGUUACAGCUCUUCGGGUUUUGAUAGUUUCCAGGGUGCAAAUACCUUCCUUGGAGGCUUUACACCUAACUCAGCAGUUGCCUCUAGUCUCUCCACAGUUGGGUAUAACAAUAUGCUGCAAAAUCAGAUCAUUCAGGAGAGGAAUCAUUUUCCGCCUCACGGAUUGGGUGAUGUUAGCUCUAAUGGGUGGAGCUCCGGGCCAGGCGCCAGAGCAAUGUCGACUGCUCAAGAAAAAGCUUACUACAAUAUGCUACUAGAGAAGCAGCUCAAUCUCAGGCAUCAACAGGACCAGCAAUUCCCUCGGGACUAUGGUUCUCUAGGCGGCUUCGGCUCAAAUCAUUCUCAAGUUGGCGCAGCACCUGAAAGCCAGCUGCUCCAUGGCUUCGGGGACAUGACCUUAAACGACCGUGCAGACCCACUGUUGAAGCAACACCAGUUCUGGCAACAGCCAAGAUACUGACCUGCCUUCUGCCUUUCAAGCCUUCUUUUUAUACUCCUGAAGGGCUCCUCCGGGCUAGUCUGGACAGGAAGAAAGAAACUUAGGGCAAUUUUGCGGUUCGGAAAGUUGAAAACCUUACAGUAGUCUAAGCCUCUUAGCUCCAAUGUUCAAUAGGGUCUGUACAUACAUUUACUGGGUUUCUCUGCCUCCUAAGUGUAAUUUUGACUUGAGUUUUCAAACGGAGGCAUGACUUCUCUGUUCAUAGAGAGCUUAUUAACUUCUCCCAGAAUCCCAGAGAAUGAAUAUCAGCUUCUUUAAUUGUUC